AUGGCUGGCAGGCCUGUGCCUCCCGGAAGCCAGGAGGAAGAGACUGCCAAAGACCCUGGGCUGAAACUAGCACCGGCGCGGCCUCUAGGCCGCCUGCCCAGCAUUGAUGAGACCCGACCAGCCGGCCCCGGCCCAGCCUCCCGCCGUGGCUCUGUGCUAGGUCCAGCCUCGUCCUUUUCACGCCGCAACUCGCUGGCCGGACCAGGCGUGGGUCCUGGGGGUCGGCGCCCAUCCCGGGGCCCAACGCCUCUUCUAGGCUCACGAGUCAGCUUCUCGGGCUUGCCCCUGGUGCCUGCCCGCCGGGCAGUGCCCUCGUACCUCACGGAGCCUGCGCCGGGGGAGCACUGGCAGGCCGCGCGCACUCAGCGGGCCCUGGAGGCGGCGCUGGCAGAGGGGCUGCGCGAUGCGUGCUACGUGGGCGCCGAGGCGGGGCGGCUGGCGCGGGAGCUGUGUGAGCUAGUGCGCGUGCGCAUGCGCGAGCUGAGCCCGCCACGCUACAAGUUGGUGUGCAGCGUGGUGGUGGGGCCGCGCGCUGGCCAGGGCGUGCGUGUGGUCAGCCGCGCGCUUUGGGACGCGGAGCACGAUGGACUGGCCUCGGCAGUCGUCACCAACGCCUCGCUCUUUGCCGUGGCCACGGUCCACGGGCUCUACUGUGAGUGA